UUCUUUUUUCAAAUGUAUUUAAAGCGAAGUAGGGUGGCUAAAGAAAAGAACCAUCACCCUCAACAAGAUAUACAAUGAAGAUCUCUUCCCUACUGUCAGGAUUCUCAAUGCUCCAGCUUCUUCUUUUUUCGUUUUGCUAUUUCAAUUCCUUUCACACUGCAACCUCGUACUUGUUCUCCGACUGUCUCGCAAACUCCAAAAUCCCGAAAAACCAAUUGAAAAACAUAAUCCACACACAAUGCAGCACCAACUACACAACCGUGCUGGAUGAUUACAUCCGUAACGGCCGUUUCAACACUUCAACGACCCACAAACCAGCCCUAAUCAUCACCCCUUUUCAAGAAUCCGAGGUCCAAGAAAUAGUCAGCUGUGCGAAAAAAGUGAACCUACACCUCAAGAUCCGAAGCGGGGGCCACGACUACGAGGGCCUGUCCUACACGAGCAAAACCACGUUCGCAAUCCUAGACAUGUUCAAUCUCCGAUCAAUCGACCUCAACAUCAAGGAAGAAACCGCGUGGGUCCAGGCGGGGGCCACACUGGGCGAGCUCUAUCAUAAAAUAUGGGAAAAUAGCAAAGUACACGCUUUCCCCGCCGGAGUUUGCCUAACCCUAGGUGUCGGCGGCCACAUUAGCGGUGGCGGUUACGGCACAAUGCUUAGGAAAUACGGAACUUCCGUCGAUAAUGUUGUCGACGCUAAAAUCGUGGAUGCAAACGGGAGAAUCAUGGAUAGGGAAUGUAUGGGGGAGGAUCUAUUCUGGGCUAUAAGAGGUGGCGGUGGGGGUAGUUUUGGCAUUGUACUUUCUUAUAAAAUAAACCUCGUACCCGUGCCUAAAAAUGUCACCGUUUUUAAGGUUCGUAGGACUUUGGAACAGAAUGCCACGGAUAUUGUUUACAGUUGGCAAAACAUUGCAGAUAAAUUCGAAAAGGAGCUCUUUGUUAGGGUUUUUCUGCAGGCAGUUAAUAGUACUACUACUCCUGGUAAAAUGACAGCCCGGGCAUCUUUUAUUGCAAUGUACCUCGGUGAUUCCGACAAACUUGUCUCUAUAAUGGAUGAGAAGUUUCCGGAACUAGGGUUGAAGAAGGAGGACUGUAAUGAGAUGAGCUGGAUCAAAUCGACCUUAUUCUGGGCGGACUUCCCCGAAAAUACCCCUGAGGAAGCUAUGUUGAACAGGAAAUCACGGUCUUCCUUGGCUUUUAAGAUGAAAUCGGAUUACGUGAAAACCCCGAUUUCGAAGGGUAAUUUGGGAACAAUAUUCGAUAAAAUGAUAGAAUCCAAGAUUGUGUGGAUGAUGUGGAAUCCGUACGGAGGGAGGAUGAGCGAAAUACCGGAGACUGAAACAGCAUUUCCACAUCGUGCUGGAAAUAUAUACAAGAUUCAGUAUUUAACAUACUGGAACGAAACGGGGCCCGCUUCGGACAAGGCUAACAUAGACAUUGUCAGGAAGUUCCAUGAUUUUAUGACUCCGUUUGUGUCGAAGAAUCCGAGACAAGCGUUUCUGAAUUAUCGAGACAUUGAUAUCGGGAGUACGGAUAAUGUAGGUCCGAAUGCAUACGGUGAAGCUAGGGUUUAUGGUGAGAAGUAUUUCAACGGCAAUUUUGAUCGAUUGGUGCAGGUGAAGACCAAAGUUGACCCAACCAACUUCUUCAGGAAUGAACAAAGUAUUCCUGUUUUGAAGAAUUAGUUUUUUCUUGCUUUCAUUUUAGGCAUUAAUAUUAGCUAGAAGUCCCAAUAAAUUCCUUAAAAUUAAGGGUUAUAACUUUUAAGGAACCCAAACUAAUUUUCUUAAUGAUAAUUAAGUCCUCGGUAAUUCCUUAGUGUAUACAAAAAUCCUUAAACAUCUAAUAAUCACAUCUCCAAGAUGUGAUUAAGUAAAUUAUUUCAAA